AGUGCGGCAAAACAGAACGGAAACACACCCAGUGUGCCUUCAAAUUAAAGCAGGGACUUUGUCAUUUAAUACACGAACUGUUGUGAUGGAUUCUGUCAGGUCCUCUUCUCUCUCUCACCUGCACAGUGUCUCUCUCUCAGCAGAGACACACCUGACAGUGACGAGACUUUCUGAACUUCCACCUGUGAGAAGGUCAAACUUACAGGUGAAGCACUUGUGUUUAAUUGUGUGGUGAGGGUCAGGGUUAGUUAACAUCCUCAAUUAAAACCUGAUAAAUGGCGGGUACUAUAUAAACUGAUUCCUGUCCUGUCAGACAUCUAGAACAGUUUCCUCAGAGUUUGUAAAACCCUGGACUGUCUCUUUGCGUGGUCCGUCGAGACAUUUUAUUUUGGAAGCUUCCGGAAAUAGAGCCGCCCUCUCCUCACUCGCGCUCCGUCUUCACCGUCUGAGUGUCGGCCGUCAGCAGAAUAAACCUCAGAGCCGUCGGUGCACAGAAACGGGAUUUGUUUGAAGACUGGUUCAGGACUGAAGCGGCUCUCUGGUCCAGGCUCGGUCUGCGGGGCUGCUCCGGGUCCAUGGCCUGAUCUGUACCGGCGGCGGAUCGGCUGCAGUCGAAGCCUUCGAGAUGCUCCGAGCUCUCUGCAGCUGCACAAUAACACCGUCACCGAUACCGGCCCGGGGACACAGCUAUGCUUUUCAGACGGAGAGCCAGGAUGUUGCGGUGGCUGGUGUGUGGUCGGUUGGGUCCAGUGUGGAUGUGGAAAGCUCUGCUGCUCUUCGUGGCCAUUGCUUUUGCGGGUCAGCUGCUGGGGGUCAUCUUCAACAAGAGUGUCCAGCCAGCCGCUCGCUCCAUCUUCUCGUCCCCUGAUGCUCAGGGGCCGUCUCUGGGCUCCUGUCAGCCCUACACCCACAUCAUGUUCCUCAAGACCCACAAGACGGCCAGCAGCACGGUGCUCAACAUGCUGUACCGCUUCGGAGAGGAGCGCGACCUCCGCUUUGCCUUGCCGCUGGGCUACCAGCUGGGCUACCCGCUGCCCUUCAACGCUCACAGGGUCAAAGGUUACCGAGGUCCUAGAGCCAUGGAGUUCCACAUCAUGGGCAACCACAUGAGAUUCAACAAGCCGGAGGUGGAGAAGGUGAUGCCGGCAGACACCUUCUACUUCUCUAUCAUCAGGGACCCGGUCUCUCUGGCUGAGUCGUCCUUUGCUUAUUACAAAGAAGUAGCACCUGCCUUUCGGAAAGCCAAAGGUUUGGGUGACUUUGCCGAUGACCCGAAGAAAUACUAUGACCCUCGCCUCCGCAACAACCACUACGCCCGCAACCUGCUGUGGUUCGACUUCGGUAUGGACCACAAUGCUAAUUUCUCAGUGGCACUGGCUCAGCGCGGCGAGGCCAUGAUCCGCCGGGCCUUCAAGCUGAUUCUAGUGUCUGAGUACUUUGACCAGUCCAUGAUCCUGCUGAGACACGCCCUCUGCUGGCCGCUGGACGCCGUCGUCUCGUUCAGCCUCAAUGCUCGGCAGCAGAAGCCCAGCGGCAUCGGGGGGAUGAGCGGGAGCUGGGUGGGCAAAGCGGCGGCGGCGGCCGGCGUCGGCGUUAGAGGUGGACAUUCACAAGUCAAGACGCCGCCCAAUCUGUCACUAACGGAGGAACAGCGGGAGAAGCUGCGGCAGUGGAACGCCUUAGACUGGUACUUAUACAAAGCCUUCAACAAGACCUUCUGGGAGGAAAUCGAGAGGUUUGGUUUCGCUCAGAUGGAGCAGGAAGUAGCUCUUCUCAGGAUGCGGCGGGAAGACCUGGCCCGGGUUUGUCUCAGGGACGGCGGGAAACCUGUGGAGGCGCACCGGAUCCGAGACAAAAACAUCCGGCCGUUCCAGAGCGGACUAGUGAAGAUCCUGGGCUAUGAGCUCCAGCCGGGGCUGGACAACACCACCAGAACCGCCUGUCUGAGGAUGAUCAGGCCUGAGAUCCAGUACAAAGACGUGCUGGAUGCUAAACAGUUCCCACGGGCUCUGGCGGCCCCCGCCCAGCCGGGACAACAGAGCCAGGUGCGGAUGGUAAGACAGGACUCAUCCAGGACAGGAGACAGGCUGGUGGGGGGAGAGGCUGGAGGGAGGACGGUGGAGGAGGGGGAGAGAGACUGGGACGGAAGCCGUUUAAUACGGAGCAACCAGACUUUGAUAAGACAAGAACCAGGACGGUUGAGAUAGUCGGAGGUGAGUCCUGAACCUUUGAGCCGAGCGGUUUACACAGAGGAAAGAAAAGAUUCUCCUUUGCACCUUAACUUUUGGUCGUUUGCUUGUUUUCUGAAAAACUGUCUCUGCUCUUACUUAGUGUUAAUCCUUGUGGACUUGACCUUUGACCUCUGGGCGCCUGGAAUGCUUUCAUGGCUGCAGUAAUAAGCUGAAGGUUGCGUGUUCUGUCUCCUGCUGCUGUUGAUCUCUCAGUCGUUUGUGACAGAGACACAUGGAGUCGGUUUUAUUCCCUGCUCAUAUUAAUACUUUUAAAGUGCAGCCUCGGUUUGUGCCUCUCAUGUGGAACCGUCACAUGAGUCACUGAGCUGUGAAAAUACCUGGUGACCUUUGAAACACACAGGCAUCAAAAACAGUAGAUGAAGAUAUGUUCCGUCUGCGCAGUGAAAACUUGUUUAACGCGUUUCCAAGUCCAAACAAAGACAGUGUACAUAACACUUUAAAUAUCUGUCGUCUAUAUCGGUGGUUCCCAAACUUUUCCAACCCAUGGCCCACUUAAUCUCAAAAAUGUCGGUGGCCCACAUUUGACCCCGUAACAAAACAGAAGCCAAAUACUCUGACACGCCCUCAGAGCACUUUUGAUUUGAAUGAAUUCAGGAUUGGAGUGAAAGCAGGGGAAGCUCCGUUUUUCUUUCUUGUUUGACUUGUAGAUUCUCCUUCUGUCUCUUGACUCCUCUCAAUCCUUCCUGCUGCUAACCAGCUCUCCAUUUUGAUACUGCAGUUUUUACCAUGGAUGUGAUCUUUCUUUUCUAGCGCGCAGGUACAGGUAUAUGAUGUGGUCCUGUGGUGACAACAUAAAAGUUCCUAUAAUU